AUCAUUGCUUGUCGUUGCAGCACACUCAAGCAAAAGUCAAAUCAACUUCAAUUAAUUCCACUUAAUUCCUUCUAAGCAAGAUUCAAUAGUAUCAACAACUCACGAUUAAAAACCAAGAAUUCUUCAUUUUUUUGAUUGAAGCCCACAGACAGACAGAGAGGAUGAUGUUCCGAAAGGAAUACCUAGACCUUAUCUUGGUUCCAUGUGGUCUUAUCAUCAUGUUCGCUUAUCAUCUCAUCCUCCUCUACAGAUGCCUUAAGCUUCCUCACACCACCGUGAUCGGCUUCGAGAACAACGACAAGAAAACUUGGGUCGAAAAACUUAUGCAGUCAGAAAAUCGGGACGUGAAAACCGCCCUGGAUGUAAUAUCGGCGAACAUCUCGGCGGCGACAUUCUUAGCCUCGGUGUCCCUAACUCUAAGCGCGCUGAUCGGAGCGUGGAUCGCCAACAAUUCCAACAUUUUCCAGAGCGAGUUGAUCUACGGUGACACUCGCCCCGCAACCAUGUCCAUCAAGUACAUAACCCUCCUCAUCUGCUUCCUCCUCGCAUUUUCGUGCUUCGUCCAGUCCUCCAGGUGCUUCAUCCACGCCAAUUAUCUAAUCAGCACCCCCGACAGCGACAUCUCCACGGAGUACGUGGAAUUGGCAGUCAUUCGCGGCGGCGACUUCUGGUCCGUCGGGCUGAGAGCACUGUACUUUGCUAUAACGUUGCUGCUGUGGUUUUUCGGUCCGAUACCGAUGUUUGCGACGUCGGUGACGAUGGUGGUGCUCCUCCAUUAUUUGGACAGCGACACCACUUCGCUGAAGAAGACUCAAUCCCUCAGGAAGGAAAAGCUAAAGAAAUUAAGGGAGAUAAUUUGAAGUCGCCGGUUGAGUGUUCAUAUUAACAUUCUAAAUUUACUUCAAAGAUGGGAAAUAAGAAUUCUUUAUCAAAAAACAUCAACACUGGGUGAUUAUCUAAAUUGUUUGAUUAAUUGUUGUGAUUAAUCUUAAUCUUUCAUUGAAAUACCUUGCUGAUGAGUAUGGACGAAGGGUCACCAAAUUAUAAAACUUCCAAACAAAGCGAAUUCCUUGA